GCCAUAUAUAAAUGCCAAACACCACCAGCAGCACUACCAGAGGAGUAUCUGUAUCUCUCCCAUUUCACAUCUGGCAGCCUGAAUUCUGGAAAUUAGAAUUCAUUUUUGUUUCUUCGACAAACAAAAUCCUUCCCCAUUUCCUAACGUUAAACCCCAUCCCAUCUUCUUCCUCUUCCUUCCAAGAAAUUAAGGAGAAGCAGCAGCUGCUGCUGCAGCAACACGACAAGGACGGGGGGCGGUUACUGACACAGUCGGUUCCUCCUGCGGAAAAGACACCAGCUUGGUACUCUCUUCCCAAUUCAUAAAGGGUUCGUCGACAGAUUUUUGAAGAAACCCAGAAAGCUCCAUUGUGAAAUCAAAGAAGAGGCGGCAAAAAGGAGUGGUAGAAAAGACUGGAGCUUUGAAGCAGGCGGUUUGAUUUUUUUUCCACUCUCACUCUCUCUGCUUUCUCUCCACGUUGAGGGGCAUCGUUUACUUUCCCGAGAAAGUGAUGGAAAUUGCGGACAAUCCUAAGAUGGAUUUGAUUGGACUGCAGGAAAAUAUGGUGACGACCACCACCACCGCCCAGAAAAUCUCAGUUGUUGAUCACAUCAACGGAUUCCAAUACUCUCCCGAAAGAUCCGAUAACUUCGUUAUCAACAUGGAAGAAAGCUAUUCCAAUCCCAGAAUCACAUUGCAGAGGGGCUUUUCCAGAAAAGGGUCCUUUCGGGCCGGCGCCGGCAGCUAUGGAGGCAGCGAGAAGAAAGUCAAUUCCAAUGGCUCUGUUUCAAAAGAAAGGGAAUCUGCAGCUACAGCGGCGUCUUCGCCAGGAGCUGGGCCAGGGGUAGGAGGAGGAGGAGAAAGAGGUUUGCUGUUAGGGAGUAGCACGCCGGAAAAGGGAACGGUGGAGGGACAAGGGCAUCAUCAGAUCACUAUUACUUCUGCCGCCGGCAGCAUCAAAGCCACCACCGCAGUCGAAGGAAGAUCCCCGUCGAGAAGGAACAGCUUCAAGCGGCAUCAGAGUUCAUGGCUGCUCGAUCCCAGAAAAGUCCUCUUCUUCUUUGCCACCUUAUCAAGCCUAGGGACGCUGUUGCUGAUAUACUUCACACUGUCCAUCGCCUCGGUCCAGUCAGACGACGCUGCUGCCCUCGAAUGACUUCUCCGAUGUACAUAUGAGAUAAGAAUGCGGUAAACAACCAGUAGAACGCUUGAAUCGAUGAUUUCCCCAUUACGAAAUCCAGUUGAAGGUCGUGCAUUGUUCAUGGAGGCUGCUGCACAGAAACAUUAUGAACAGAGACGAAGACAAUAGGGCAUGGUGAUGAAGUAUGAUUAGAAAGGAGCAAAGGAAUAGGAAUCUUCUUUGUUGAAUAAAUAUAUGAGAAAAUGAAAGAUCGUGCAAACAUGGUUGGAAAGCUCCUAGUUACUUACCUUUUGGGUCUCUUUUAGUUUGUUCCCUCUUUCAAGUCUCAAACCAGCCCCAUCCUUUGGAAACCUCCUGGAUUCUGUAAUGGAUUCCUUUUGGCAGUCCCAAUGAGUGAUUAUUUUUGCCUUUUGCCCCUGCUUUUUGUUUGUACAUGAAAGCAAAAAGAGGGAAAGCAGAGAAUAUUAUGACCACUAUUACUAGUGCCACCGGCCAUUGCCAUACCAUUAAAGCUAUACAAAAGUGAAAAAUGCAAUUGAAAAUGAGCAUA